UGUAAACUGUAAACAAAAAGAAAUUGAUAUUAGAAUCGUGAGUUUGGUUAAAAGAACUUCGAUUUUUGGAAAUAAAUUGGAAGGUUAUGUAUUCGAAUGCUUAGAAAAUGAGCCACAGUAAAAAAAUUAUUCAUUCCUGGCGUUACGGGUUUUUUAACCUUGUAUUAGGUUUAAUGUUUAGCGUUUAUCCAUUGUUCAUUUUAAGGAGCUUUCUUAAUGCAUUUUGUUACGUCCUUCUUACAUGUACUUUAUCAUGUUUUAAUAUCAAUAUUAUCAACAAAAGACAAUUUUUAUUUUCAUUUCCAUCGUCACUCAUUGGUUCAGAUGAGGCAAAAUCUGAUCGUUAUUCCUUGAAAAAAGUAGAAAGAAAGGUAUUUCGAUUUGUGAUUUGUUUUUUCUCGAGAUCAUUUAAAACCUCACCAUACAUAUCAAUGUGUUUAUGAACUAGCUAGUUACUGUUUCGACCUUUCGAUGAGGAUUGGGAGAGAGCACACAAAAUCCGGUAUGGAAUCAUCUGUUUUUAUUUCAACUGCUUUUUUUUGUACCAAGUGUGUUUCUGUACUACAUGAUAUGUGUAUUUUUUGGAGCCCCUGUUUUUGAGUCAUAUACAUCAACCUUGUAUUUUAGCUGUUUGAUGACAUUGUUAACUGUUUAUCCAUUAAUAUGGCAUUUUUACAUGACCGACAAUAUUUCAUCAGUGUUUCGUAUAAUUCAGGAUAAUAAGUUUGACAAUACAAAUGAAAGUCAUCUCCAUGUUCUGAUUAUCUGGUCAAUUAUUGGAGCUUGGCUUGGUGCCAUUCCUAUUCCAUUGGACUGGGAUCGACCGUGGCAAGAGUGGCCAAUUACAUGUUGCAUUGGGGCAGCUCUUGGGUCAUCAGCAGCUCAUUUUUUCAUUGGAAGCAAGGUGCUCCUGAAUCUUUUUAGAGAAAAGAAGAAGGUUUUGUUAAAGUCAGUGUGAAUUAUU